GUGCGCGCGCGCGGCUGUGACGCGCUACCCCGCGUGCGCGCCGCCGCCGCCGCCGCCGUUGGUUGUGGCGGAAGAUGGCGGAGCUGGGGGCGAGUGAGGGCGGGAGGCGCCGAGUGGCAUGCGAUGGCCAGUUCAUCGGACAGUGAGGAUGACAGUUUUAUUGCCAUGGACACAGAAGAAGUAUUGGACGGGCCCAUGGAGCAAGACGAAGAAGCUCACGUCGAAUUGGAAGUUGAAGAAAUGAGGCAUAACCGGUCAAUGUUAGAAUUGCCUGAGGAGGUGUUGGAAUACAUCUUGUCCUUUUUAUCACCAUACCAAGAGCACAAAACAGCUGCUCUUGUUUGUAAACAGUGGUAUCGACUCAUUAAAGGUGUGGCUCACCAGUGUUAUCAUGGUUUUAUAAAAGCUGUUCAGGGAGGAUAUAUUCAGUGGGAGAGCCGAACCUAUCCAUAUCCUGGGACUCCGAUAACCCAGCGCUUCUCACACAGUGCUUGUUACUAUGAUGCCAAUCAGUCUAUGUACGUCUUUGGGGGUUGCACUCAAAGCAGUUGCAAUGCAGCAUUCAAUGACCUCUGGCGGCUUGACCUCAAUAGCAAAGAAUGGAUCCGACCUCUGGCUUCAGGUUCGUAUCCCUCUCCAAAGGCUGGAGCCACGUUGGUGGUGUACAAGGAUCUUCUGGUGUUAUUUGGAGGCUGGACCAGGCCAAGCCCCUACCCUCUACAUCAACCUGAAAGAUUUUUUGAUGAAAUACAUACUUACUCACCUUCCAAAAACUGGUGGAACUGCAUUGUUACAACUCACGGACCCCCUCCAAUGGCUGGCCAUUCAUCUUCUGUAAUAGGAGAUAAAAUGAUUGUAUUCGGAGGGUCGUUAGGCUCUCGACAAAUGAGUAAUGAGGUCUGGAUUUUGGAUAUGGAGCAAUGGGCCUGGUCCAAACCAGCAACGUCAGGCAUUAUGCCACAUCCAAGGGGUGGGCAGUCCCAGAUUAUUAUUGAUCAUGAAACUAUCCUGAUCCUGGGAGGCUGUGGAGGACCCAAUGCAUUGUUUAAGGAUGCAUGGCUGCUACACAUGAGCGUGACCCCCUGGACAUGGCAACAGUUGAAAGUGGAGAAUGAGGAGCAUGGAGCGCCAGAGUUGUGGUGUCACCCGGCCUGUAGGGUUGGACAGUGUGUGGUGGUCUUCAGCCAAGCACCCAGCGGCAGAGCCCCCCUGAGCCCCAGCUUACAUUCCCGCCCAUCUCCCAUCAGUGCCACGCCACCAGCCCUUGGUGCAGAAAUGAGAGAACAUCGCUCCCAGUCCCCCGUUCGGAGUACCGACGAAGUUCCGUGCGUGAACGGGCGCUGGGGCACAUUGAGGCCAAGGACACACAGGCCGACUACAUCCAGUUCUCGGGAAGGCAGCCUAUCUCCAGCGAAAGGAGAAAGGUCACCGGUUUUAAAUGGUGGAACAUUAUCCCCGGUAUCCUUAUCUGGUUCUUUGGAUAGCCCAGUGCAACCAGGAUCUCCCGUCACAUCGGCUGUGGUGGAAGGAUAUGAUCUUCGAGGUUCUAUUGGGGUACUUCCGCAAGUCACGAGGCAAAGCACACCAGUGGAACAGAAGGCCGAGUCAGGAUUAGAUUCGUACAGGUCCCAGGACUUGGUAAAUUGGGAUUCGAAACCCUCUUCCAGUCACGGAGUGGAGGGGAACGUGACAAGCCCAGGAACUGAGAUUAGCCUCGGGAAUGCCGCAGAGCAAACCAAUGGAAUUCACACGCCACCUCACGUCGCCAGUGCUUCUUCGGGUCCAGUUUCACCCGGAGCGCUUCGACGAGGACUGGAGGCAGUGAAGGAUUUGUUGCCGCAGAGUUCAACGUCCGCCGUGCCGGCCAGCUCGAGUCCUGCUUCUUCACCUGUCUCGCCGGGAAACCCUGGUCAAAGUUCAAGCAGUACUGACGCACCGCAACGCUCUGCACCCGCCCAGGCAGAUGGACAUGCACUGCCACCUAUUGCACGCCGAUUAGGCCACCACCCACCUCAGUCGCUAAAUGUAGGAAAGCCCUUGUACCAGAGUAUGAACUGCAAGCCAAUGCAGAUGUACGUGUUGGAUAUAAAGGAUGCAAAAGAGAAGGGGAAAGUUAGUUGGAAAAUUUUCAACAGCGGGUCGGUUGUAGGCCCACCGGAAACCAGCCUCCACACUGUGGUGCAAGGCAGGGGAGAAUUGAUCAUUUUUGGUGGACUGAUGGACAAGAAACAGAAUGUGAAGUACUAUCCAAAAACCAAUGCGUUGUAUUUUGUGCGAGCUAAGAGAUAAUGCACCGCCAGCAGGUAUUUCACAUUACCUGAUGCACACCCAUAAGCUGUGAAUUCAAGAACAACAUUAUCUGUAAAACUAUGCUGCAAGUGGUUUAAAGUUUGUGUUAAAACACAAAUUUUUUGCUCCUUUCCAGUGAGUUUGUUAUAUCCAGACUUAUCUAUCUUAAUUUGAUUCUCGCUGUGUUUCCCGAAAGCUGCUUCUGCUUUCAAUAAUUGGAUAAAGGAGUGACGCGUGAAUACUUCUGCCCGUGGCCGCGAACACGUGGGGUUAGGGUACAAGUAAGCAAACUCGCUUUAGCUAGGUGAGAUCUUACUUUAAGCAAAUGCAGUUGAGUCGGCAGGGCGCAGCGAUUCUGCAGGAAUCUGCAGUGCCUGGUUUUGAAAUUGCAGCUUAUCUACAGGACGAAAUGCCCUGUUCAUUGAGGUGGGUCAUUUUGCGAUUCAGUAAUUUGGUUCUCAUCUUCAGUCUGCUCUGUGACAAUUUCUGUAUCAAAUCAACUAAUUGACAUAAACCAAUCACUCCAAAAAUUGCACAUGUUGGCCCCAAAGCCAGUGAGUUAACACGUACGUACAUGCUAAUGAAAGGUGCUGUGAAGCAUUUACAUUUUCUCUCACUGCAUUUUAUCACUUAAUUUAUUUUUUAAGGAGAAACAGUGUAGGUAAUUAUCAAGAGAGAAGUUUAAAGUAAGGACACGAUUAAUGUACGUGGUCCACUGCAGAUGGUAGCAUGAAGCCUUGCGGGUACACUUGUCCAAUUGAAUGCCGAAAUGCCCAUUCCUCGUUGUACGUAUACAUACUGGGGAGAAAGCUCUAAACCUCACUGGUGAUCGAUCAGUGCACCUGCCCCAUUAUUGGCCGGAGACAGAAAACCUCGCAACAUUGGUGUUUCUGGACUUGUCCUGAUGCAGAUA